AUGCGUCCUCAACUACUAGUACUGUUACUUCAGUUUGGUCUUUCAUUUGCUGUCGGCCUGGAGCAAGGAAUCGACCCCAGAUGCAGAUGUGUACCCGGUGACAAAUGCUGGCCGAGCCAGAGCCAAUGGCGGUCCUUCGAACAGCUACUAGGCAGAGGCAAGCUCAUCCGGACCUCGCCCAUUGCCGAGUCCUGCUACAAUGGCGCUCGCAUGGACUUGAACUACAACCCAGUCGGCAGGCCAUAUCCCUACAACAUCACCUGCACUCCGGUGAACUACACGGCAGGCGAGACUCCCACGGCGUGCACGCUCGGCUCCCUUCCCGUGUAUGCCGUCAACGCAACCACGAGAAAGGAUGUUGCCCUCACGCUGAAGUUCGCCAAGCACAACAACAUCCGUCUCGUCACUAGCACGGGCCACGACCUGCUCGGCCGCUCCGACGGCUACGGUGGUCUUGAAGUCUGGCUCCGCCACUUCCGCAACGGCAUCAACUUCCAAAAGACCUUCAAGUCAGCCCGGCAGUGCACCAAGUCCGGCUGGAAGGGCAGCGCCCUGCACAUCGAUGGCGCAUGGCAGUGGCGCGACGUGUACAAGGUCGCCAAGGCGAACAACGUCAUUGCCGUCGGUCACGGCUCGCUCUCUCCGGGCGCCAUCGGCGGGUGGUCGUCAGGCGGCGGACACGGCCCCGCGACGCGCAACUACGGGCUGGGCGCCGACCAGAUCCUCGAGGCCGAGGUGAUGCUCGCCAACGGCCAGAUCGUCACUGCCAACCACUGCAAGAACACCGACCUCUUCCGAGCCAUCCGGGCCGGUGGCCCCGGCUACGGCAUCGUCCUCAGCCAGCACAUCAAGGCGUACCCCAACGUGGAUGUAGUAGUCACAGCCCAUCGUCUCGCAAUCGCUCUGCUGCAGCAGACGCCGGAGAACGCCGACCUCCUCGACGCCGUCUCCGUACUGCUCCAGCAGUUCCCCAGCCUCAACGGCAAGGGGCACGCCGGGUACGGCUUCUGGUUCCGCCGCUUCCCGGGACCGUUCACCGAGGCCGAAGACGCCAUGGCCGAUACGCUCAAGCUGCUCGAGGAGAAGAAGUUCCACGACAAACUAUCCAUCUCAUCCACUUUUACCCAGUACCCGGAUUACUGGUCCUUCUACGACGCCGAGUCCGGCCUGCACGACCCGGCCGGCGACACCUCCAUUCUGACCUCCCGCAUGAUCGACCCCAAGGCGGUCUCCGACUACAAGAGGGUGCGCGACACCGUCGAGAUCAUCAGCGGCACGCCCGAGGAGGUGGUCUCCAACGUGGUGCUCCUCGUCUCGGGCGGCCAGGUCUUCCAGGACGCUGCCGACACGAGAUCCGGCCUGCACCCUGCCUGGCGGACGUCCCCUUUUGUUUUGAUCUCGGGCCAGGGGAUUCCAAAGGUCGCGACACGUGAGGUACGGGAGUAUGUUACCAACCAGAUCACGAACGUCAAGGGCGCUGCGCUCAAGAGGCUCGCCCUGGAUACCGGGGGGUAUAUGAACGAGGGGGACCGGCACGAUCCGGAGUAUAUCCGGACCUUUUAUGGUGCGGACUAUGACGGCCACUUGGCGGUGAAGAGGAAGUAUGAUCCGGAGCAUGCUUUUUACUGUCCGACGCGUGUGGGUGCGGAGGAGUUUGUGGAGAGGCCUGAUGGGCCGCUGUGUCGCAAGGACUGAGGUGAGUAGAGUUAAGUCGGACCCCCCCGAUUCCGAACACCCCACAUUCCGAACACUUUGUAAGCCCACACCGCUUUUUCGACCCCCUCAGUUCAAC